UUACAGUCAGUAUGGCCAGAAUGAUCUCAUAUGAAUGGAACUUAAGACGGAACGAAGGGAGGACCAAAUGGUAAAAUCAAAUAUAACCUAUAACACUUGGAUUCAUAAAGAAGAGAAAAUUUCUUUUGCUAUUGUAUAAACGAUGCAACGUCUUGAAAUAUUGCGGAGACAAUUACGUUUGAUCGAUGCCUUCAGAACGAAACAAACGUCCAUUAAAUCGUUCAGUACCGAGAAAACUCCGGACGAUAGCAUCGAUAAAACCAAGAACCAAGUGGAUAUUGAAAUUAAAGAAAUAAAUUCGCACAAAGCUCUUGAAAAGAAUGACUCUUCUAGCGAGAAAGUAAAAAGUGAGUCUGACGAGUCGAUUGAAAAUCUAUCAUCCAUAACAAUCUCGAGUAGCGAAUCGAAUGGAAUGAAGUCGGAUAAGGAUUUAGGACUAGCAGAAGUGAAGCUGAGCGGAUUUGCCCAAACAUUUGAAAAGUUCUCACGAGUCGAUGAACCAAAAGAACCUGAAAAGCCUUUAACGUUCGCUACCUUACUGCGUCGCUCGGAGUUUAUGAACUUGGGAGAUCCAGAAGGAAAAAAGGUCGUAGGGAAAAUAUUUAAAACUGUAAAUGACGAUUUGUACAUAGAUUUUGGAUGGAAAUUUCAUUGCGUAUGUCCUAGACCUUUAAAAAAUGGAGAAUUUUACGUUAGGGGCUCAUUGGUAAUUUUAAAGAUAAAGGAUCUGGAAUUGUCUAUGAGGUUUCUAGGCUCAACCACGGAUACUACUAUUUUAGAGGCAGAUUGUAUACUCUUAGGUUUGUUACGUUCUCCGUUGAAAAAAAUCAAUCCCCAAUCAGAAAUGUCCCGAGUUUAAUAAUAAUUCGAUAUUGCUUAAUUAUUGUAUUAUCAAAGAGAUACUUUAAGAUUAAAAGGAAGAUUAAAAAAGUGUUUCUAUGAUUUAACCUACUGUUAAUAUAUAGUAUUGUACUAGUAUCGUAGAUCGUUUUGUAUAUUGGUUUGUAUAUUGGAACGAUCAGUACUAUUCUUAAUCGUUUAUCUUCCAGGAAACGAUGAAACUCCAUAUGUUUUUUUGUUUCUUUUCGUUAAACGUCCUAUUAUUUUCUACCAAAGACAUACCCGAUUGCUAGCUUACGAGAUAUAACCUAAAAAAGCUUAUACACGGUAUAUGCGAUGUGUGAAUAGUGGUAACACUGUGUUUUAGUUCUUGCGUUGUAGUUUCUCUUAUAGUUCAUAUUUUGCUCAUGCCUGUCGCUGAAGUCGCACACUUUGCUCCAAGCAAAAGGAUUCUGUUUGCUGCGGAUGUCACGGAGUAGUUUCAAAUGAGAAUGCAAAAAAUAUAUUAAAUGACGAUUUAUCGAUCGAACCUUCGGAUUAUAUCGAUGCAGGUCCAAUAGUUAGUAAAAAAAUAAUUAAAUUAUAUGAUGGAAUUGAACUAUUAACAGGCUAUAAAAUUCCCAAGGACCUAAAUUCUGCGGUAUUAUGCGCAACAUGUUGUCAAAAGAUAGAAUCCUUUACAGUCUUUCGAAUGCAACUCUUGGAUACAUUUGAAAAACGAGCCAACUACAAUAAUCCUGAAAAUGUGUCCAAAUCUAUAUCCGAUUCAGAAUCUAUACGACGUUUGGAGGAUCAGAAAAACAGUUCGAUUGUGGAUAAAAUUGCUGACGUUAUCGUUAAUAAAAUUCCAAAUAAUUAUAGAUUAUCAGAACCGAAAGUUACAGUCGACGAUGGUAUUAAUGUAAUCGACAAUAGUAUACCCUUAGAAUUAAAUAAUUCAUUGAGCGACGAAUCUGAAACAAAUGACUCUUUAGGAAGUAAUAAAUUGUCAAACGAUCAUGAGAAUAAUAAUGUCAAUGAUUUGGAUUAUUCGAAUGAAGUUACAGAUAUUAAUCAUUCUAAGGUAAUCUUUUCAAAAGUACAAGAUAAUGAUAUAGAAUCGGAAGUUGAUAUUUAUUCGGGAGAAUACGAUGAAGUGUUGGAAUUAGAUGUACAAUGUAAGAACGACGAUAUAACGGAUUUAGCAAGUAUUUCUGAAUCCGAAGCAGAGAUAUAUGAUUAUGAGCCUAUUGGAAAAAAAAUUAAGAACUACAAUGCACUAUCACCUGCUUUACUCUUCUAAAAUGUACUCAUUUAUUGUUAAAUUUAAAUAGACUAUGGUCUCACUUUACGAGUUAUAUGUCAGAAUCUCUUAUUGCAUGCUAUUCAAAUUUAUGUAAAUGUUUGUGUAAUAUACCAAUGAUCUGUAUGUAUAUAAUUUGGAGAUAUUCAAAGUAUUAAGAAAAGUAUCUUAUCAUGAAUUAUUCUUAAAGAAUACAUUUAUAAGAAAAUAAA